AUGUUGACAUCAUCAAAGGAGGAUGGGCUAGGAGAUCCAGAUGAACAAGAGAUGGUGUUAUUCAAGACAGAAGGGGAAGAAAUAAACAACAAGAUAGAAUCAACCUUGGAAGGACUACAGCUGUCGGCUAGUGCAGAGAUUAAGGCUGAAGAGGACUGGGAUGAGAUAGAAGUGAUGGAUGACGUACCUAGUGAAUCGAUCGUCAUCGAUACUGAACCACAGCCAAGCCAGCCAGUGACUCAUGGACAAAAGAGACCAAGAGACGACAAGGAAGAUAGUGAAGCAGAGUAUUGGUCAAGUGAUAUUGAAGAAGAUCUUCAUUUCUUAAUAAACAUGCAAGAAACAUUUUAA